CACACUCACUCACAUGCAUCGGGGUCAUUCUGCUUUCAGGCAGAGGACUGGUUUCCACUCCCGCACCUCCUGUAUAUCGCACAUGUCCAGUCUGAAGGACGCCAGUAGACAUUUCCUACCUGUGCGUCCCCAGCGUGCGUCACGCAAACUCUACCUUCGUCGAAUUGUUUCCUCCGCCGUUUCCUACCCGGCGAUUUUGGAUUACGGAGGAAAAACAAGCGGCGUGGACGCGUAACUCCCGAAAUCAUGGAUUUAUGGAUAAAGUUGAUGUUGUUCUGCAGCUUCUGCUUUGGGGCAAGUGCAGACUUUGAUGGCAGGUGGCCGCGGCAGAUGGCCUCGUCCAACGGCCUGUGUCGAUAUGGGGCCAGGGUGGACUGCUGCUGGGGAUGGACACGCCGUUCCUGGGCUCACUGCCAGCCUCCCUUCGCCUUAACUCACAGAGUAGCCAGGAUAAGGUGCCAGCCCCAAGCUGUGUGCCAGCCUGGAUGUAAGCACGGAGACUGCGUGGGACCCAAUAAGUGCAAGUGCCACCCUGGCUUCACCGGCAAGACCUGCAAUCAAGAAGAAGAGCCGGACUAUUUAACCCCACCAGUGUGGGCCAGUCACCUUCCUAUCUUUCUUCCUGUGGACCAUCAGCCAACGAGAUUAGUAAUGGAGGACCUGAAUGAGUGCGGACUGAAGCCAAGGCCCUGUAAACACAGGUGCAUGAACACGUAUGGGAGUUACAAGUGCUACUGCCUCAACGGCUACAUGCUGAUGCCUGACGGGACCUGUGGGAAUGCUCGCACUUGUGGCAUGGCCAACUGCCAGUACGGCUGCGAGGUGAUGAAAGGAGAGGUCCGAUGUCAGUGUCCGUCGCCGGGGUUAAAGCUGGCUCCGGAUGGAAGAACCUGUGGGGAUGUGGAUGAGUGUGCAGCAGGGAUAGCCGUGUGUCCCCGGUUCAGGAAAUGCAUGAACACCUUUGGUAGCUACAUCUGCAAGUGCCAUGAAGGCUUUGACCUGCUAUACGUCAAUGGGAAAUACCAGUGCAGAGAUGUGGAUGAGUGUUCUUUAGGUCAGAGCCACUGCAGCAACUUUGCCUCCUGCUACAACACGCCGGGCUCAUACAAGUGCAAAUGCAAAGACGGCUACAGGGGGAUUGGCCACGAUUGCAAACGACUCCGUCUGCAUUCUCUUAUCAUUCCAGCCAUUCCUAAGGUGGUUAUUGACCCUGCGAGACCAGGCAAACUGCCUCCAAAUCAUCACAACCACAUCCCCGACAUGGAUCAGAAAAGAACCACCACUACCCACCGCCCAGCAGUGACUCAAAAGAUAAUCUUCACCAUUAUCCCCAAAUCAACUGCUGCCACGACGACGACCACGACGGCGGCAACGACGACGACCACGACGGCGGCCACUACGACGACCACGACCGCAGCACCUCUGCCUCCAAGGAGGGUUACCCCGCCUCUACGCAAGCCAGCAGUUCCCACCCGAAAGCCCUUUAUCCCAACCCGGAAGCCGCCAGCACCGACACGCAAGCCCUACGUCCCACCAAAGCCAGUGGCUCCCACACGACGCCCGCUGCCGCCACCGCCACCGGUUACACCUGUAGACAACACUAUCCAGAAGGAGGUCACCAAACAGAGAGGAGAUGUCCACAUCCCUCGGAACCAUGGCCACAACACCGUCCUCGGCGUCGACUUUGACAUUGAGCUCGGCAACACGGCAGAUGAAGCCAAGGACGACCCAGAGUCGGGCUAUCUGAGCUGCUCCUUUGAUGAUGGUCUUUGUGGUUGGAUCAGGGACAGAGAUGGAGACCUGCAUUGGGAGACAACACCUGAUCCAUCAGGUGGAAGGUACCUCACCAUUCCUGAGGUCGGCAACAAAAGGACCGGGCGAGGAGCACGGCUGGUCCUCCCACUCACCCCCCCCUGGAACGAUGGCAAUCUGUGCCUGUCCUUCCGGCACAAGCUGGCAGGCCACCACGUGGGUAUGCUGCAGGUGUUUGUGAAGAAGGGGAAGCAGUACAGUCCAGCAGUCUGGGGCCGGACAGGAGGAAAUGGCUGGAGACACACCCAAAUCACACUAUGGGGCACAGGCCUGGAAAGUGUGAUCCUGAAGGGGGAGCGUGGGCGAGGCAGGAGUGGCGAGAUGGCCGUGGACGACAUGACCCUGAGGAAAGGCUCCUGCACAGAGGAGCACAAUCUGAGGAGACUCUGACUGACAGAAAAGAGAAAGGCAGCAGGAAAACAAGAGGGGAAAUCAUCUCAAAGAGAACUGACUCUGUUGUGACAUCCCCUUACUCUGCCUGGCGUCUCAUUGUCGUCGUCCCCCCCCCCCCUGUCACCCCUCCCAGUCAUUCUGUGAACGAUAUCCAAAAUGCUGUGCGUCCGCAGAACAGUGAGUUCCUCCCGUCUGAGUGGCCAUGAAUAAAAAGACUGAAUUGAAAUGUCAUGUGUGGAUCCCCCCC